GAGUGUCUUUCUGUUCCGGUCGCUCCUCAAUUGUGACUUCACUGAGUUGUAUGCACUUGAGGUAUUGGGCCGUUUUGGGAGAAUUGAAGCUUGGAAGGAACUGUCCGUCAGAUUGUGAGCAUCAUCGAUCAGCCCAUUCGUCCGUGACAAUAUCCAGACCAUGCGGAUUCUAGUGGGUUGCAAACGCGUGAUUGACUAUGCGGUCAAAAUCCGGGUCCGCCCCGACAAGAAGGGCGUGGUGACCGAAGGUGUGAAGCAUUCCAUGAACCCGUUCGACGAGAUCGCCGUGGAGGAAGCCGUUCGACUCAAAGAGAAGAAAAUCGCCAAGGAAAUCAUCGUGGCCUCAAUCGGCGCCGCUCAAUCGCAAGAAACGAUCCGAACCGCAUUAGCCAUGGGUGGAGACCGAGGCGUCCAUGUGGAGGUGAGUGCGGCUGAAGCGGAGACCCUCCAACCCAUUCAUGUGAGCAAGAUUCUCGCCGAAUUGGCCAAAAAAGAGAAGGUGGACUUGGUGUUUUUGGGCAAGCAAGCCAUUGACGACGACUCUAAUCAGACCGCACAGAUGACGGCGGCCCUUUUGGAUUGGCCUCAGGCCAUGUUCGCCUCGAAAGUUGAGCAAAAAGAUGAUAAAUUGGAGGUGGUCCGGGAAAUUGAUGGCGGUUUGGAAACAAUUCGAGUGAAUAUGCCGUGUGUGAUCUCGGCCGAUCUGCGUUUGAAUGAGCCACGCUAUGCCACACUCCCGAAUAUCAUGAAGGCCAAGAAGAAGAAGAUGGACAAACUCAAACCCUCAGAUUUGGGAGUGGAUGUCACUCCACGCAUUGAAGUUAUUUCCGUUGAGGACCCACCUGUGCGCGAGGCUGGAGCUACUGUCGCGGAUGUGGAUGAGCUGGUGAGCAAGCUCAAGGAGAAAGGAUUCUAGGUCUUGAUGGCAUCAAAAGUUUUCAAAUGGCUGUAUUGAGUCGAAACAUGCCAUGCAUAACCCAAUGCCGCAUUUGACAGGUACUUUUAUCAAUAAAAUGUUACAAUUCAACAGA